AUGACCGAGCAUCAUGACCGUUCAUCCACUUCAUAUUCUUCGCUCACAUCCGGUAUUAUAGACACAACUAAAGAACAUGCUGCGUCGGAGGAAAGGGCUCGGAAACGCUCUUUAGCUAAAGUGUUGUUCGGGGCCUCGGCUGUGUUCUUUGUCACUGGCAUCGCUGGUGCUCUAGUGUAUGCGCGCAGAGCGCAAGUGCGAAUGCUGGAAGAGGACCAGCGAUCAAAGUCUGAAACCUCGACAGUGGAAGAGCCCCCCAGCCCUACCGAGACGCGUGUGCUAUUACAAGGGACGAACGCGACCGGCCCUCAGCCUCUUGUACUUCCAUCUCGUAUCUCUACUUCCUCUACUGGCGCACCAAGGCUAUCCCUUCCACGCCGCCCACCAAAGACCGCUCCAGCGAACCCCCUUGCAAUCUCACCCAUUGGCGCUCUCGGGGCGUUUGGCCUUGCGACCCUAACCGUUGUGGGAGUAGCGGGAGGAGUAGUAUGGGCUGUCAAGAAAUCGAUAGGGGUUGACGACAUGGAAGGUUUUACAGGAAAGACCCGGUUAAUGCUGCGUUCCUUGUUUCCCGGGCUAAGCGAGCGCAUACAUCGAGCCAUUACGCCGAGGGACAAUCCUUCUAGCGUUUCCUCCCACUCCCCCUCGUCAACCUUCGCAUCCUCAUCAUCACAUCCUCUGAAUGUAGAAGAGGAAGCGCGGGAAUGGAACGUCGUCGACUCGCAACAGCGUCUCACGGACGCGUUCGCCCAAGGAGGCAUCAUGCGAUGGGCCGAGCAAGCAGGAAGCGAGCUGGAGGCAGAGAGGGUUCUCGAGGCUAGGAAACGAGCGGUGCGGAAAGAGAAGCGCAAAGACGGUACGGAGUAAUGUGCAGACUUCCACUUUGGAGAAUGCGCUCCGAUGUCGGUGAUAUCGGCCGCUGGGAAGUACUUUGCCAUGCGGAUGCAUGACCACUGAGCGGUAUCAGUUCGAUGCACAUUUGUCACGUUUGAGCAGAAAUGUUGUUGCUGGCCAUUC